AUGUCCGUCGCUGACCGCAUCGUCAGCUACUUAGCUCCUACCGAUAACAACGCGCAAACGAUUCCGGGGGGCAUCUCAGCUUCGAGCCCGGCGGCGGCGGCCUCAUUUGAGGAGGAUAGAUAUGCGGUACAGACGGGAGGAUUUUUGCCGGAUAUCAGAACAGUCGGACAAUCUUUCGGACAGGACAUGAGUCUUCAAGAUGACUCUUUUGAAGAGGAGGGCCGCCCGCCUUACCUCCACGCCAUGAUUGCUGGAGGUGUGGGAGGUUCGACGGGCGACAUGCUCAUGCACUCCCUGGACACGGUCAAGACGCGGCAACAGGGCGACCCGCACAUCCCCCCCAAAUAUACGUCCCUGGGCUCGUCCUACUACACAAUAUUGCGGCAAGAGGGUAUCCGACGAGGUCUUUAUGGCGGAUGGAUACCGGCUUUGGGUGGUUCCCUUCCGGGCACCAUGAUGUUUUUUGGGACUUACGAAUGGAGCAAGCGGUUCCUCAUCGAUUUUGGUGUGCAGCAGCACCUGGCCUACCUGUCAGCCGGCUUUCUCGGAGACUUGGCUGGCUCCAUCGUUUAUGUUCCAUCCGAGGUGUUGAAGACCCGCUUGCAGUUGCAGGGACGCUACAACAAUCCCUAUUUCAAAUCGGGCUAUAACUACAGAGGAACAAUUGACGCGGCGCGGACGAUUGUGCGUCACGAGGGACCGGCUGCGCUCUUUCACGGAUACCAAGCAACACUUGCCCGUGACCUCCCAUUUUCCGCACUCCAGUUUAUGUUUUGGGAGCAAUUCCACGCCUGGGCCCGCACAUACAAGCAGAGCAGAGAUGUCGGUGUGCCACUAGAGCUACUCACCGGCGGCCUCGCCGGCAGCUUGGCCGGAAUCAUGACAUGUCCUCUGGACGUCGUCAAGACGCGUUUGCAGACGCAAGUGCACCCUGAUCUUAUGCCAAAAGAGACGAAGCCAGGAGCCAAGGGCGCCGCGCACACCUCGACGUCAAAAUCUCAGACACGCAACAUUUCAACGUCGUCGCCUUCGACGCAUACUCCGCGACCAGGCGCAGUCAACUUGCAGACUUCGUCCGUCAUCGAAGGCCUUAAGGUCAUUUACCAGACGGAGGGUAUCAGCGGAUGGUUUAGGGGCGUGGGUCCCCGUGGCGUAUGGACGUUUAUUCAGAGCGGCACCAUGUUGUUCUUGUACCAGCGCAUUCUCAAGUCAUUAGAGACUUGGCAUCCACCAGUGGAAGAGCAGGAGCGCGCCAUCUAA